CAAAACAAAACAAAACAAAAUCAGAGAGAUAGGAAUCCACUCCCAAUCCCGGUUCAACCCAUCGCAGCAUACAAAACUGUUCACGCAUCCUCGCAGCACGGGGCGGCGGGGGGCACAACAUGAACGCUAAUGCGAACGCCUCGGGUUCCGUCUCGGGUUCCGCCUCGGGUUCCGUCUCGGGUUCCGUCUCGGGUUCCGUCUCGGGUUCCGUCUCGGGUUCCGUCUCGGCGUCCACAUCUGCGGGCAAGGAUUGCGGGGACGACCUCUGCAACAGCAACGGCAGCGGCAGCAGCAACAAUCGAAUCCAAAACAACUGCAAUUCCAGUUCCAACUCCAAAAACGACGACAACGACAACAACAACAACAACCGGAACCUGAUCCUCGAUGCCUUUUACCAACAGCAACAGCAGAUGUAUGCCGUGAACAAUGGGAACCAAAACAGCAGCGGCAACAACUAUUCGAACCCCGAUUCGAAUUUUGUUUACACCAACACCCAGAGCCACGGCGCCAACAACAGUCAUCUCAACGGGAACGCGGCGGCCGCUGUCUCGGAGACCUUCCACAGCUACUCGCUGGAUACCCAGGGACAGCUUAGCAACUUUAUGAGCUUCUUUGGGCGAAACAACCACGGCAACAGCAACCACCACGCGAAUAUCCGCGCUAUCCAAAGCUUUCCACUGCCCCAUCCAUAUCAUCUUCACCAACAGCAGCAGCAGCAGCAGCAGCAGCAGCAGCAGCAGCAGCAGCAACAGCAACAGCAACAGCAACAGCAACAGCAACAGCAACAGCAGCAGCAGCAGCAGCAGCAGCAGCAACACACAAGCUCCAAUUCGAAUUCGAAUUCAAAUGGCAGCAGCCGCCUCUCGUUCCCCUCCAACGACUCGCAGCAGCAACAAAACCUGGUGCGGUAUUCACAACAACCGGGAACGGCAUCUUCCAAUGCACAGCCGAAAAGCGGCAACAUCCAUGUACCGAUCACGAGCAGCGACUCCUCCGUCUUUGGUCCGUCGCAGCAAGGGCUCCCCCUGCGUCUUUCCCAUCAACAGCAGCAGCAGCAGCAGCAACAACAGAAACCACCACCCCACCCCCUCCACCACAACCAGAUCCAGUCCAUGCAGCCACAGGAGCAACACCAUUCCAUCGACAUGUUCAUGGCGAAGGAAUUGAACCAGCUGAGUUUCGACGAGCGCAACAACAUCAACGAGGAGAUCCACGGAGUCUACACCCGGUACAACGUCAGGGAGACUCCCGAACAGAUUGCGAGAUCCCUCGAGGAACUCGAAUUCGAGAUUGUACACAACGUGCCCAUGUUUCGCAAGGCGGCGUACCAGCGGAGCCUGGUGCUGCAGCAGCAACAGCAACAACAGCAACAGCAACAGCAACACUAUCCUCCCUCCGACAACCAGAACCAAUACAACCACAACACCUGCAGCAAGAACACGAGGAACGGCCCAGCCGGCGGCAUGCAUUACACCAACGACCCUUCCUUUCGGAUCGUCUUUCUCCGCAUCGCCCUCUGGGACGCCCACAGGGCAGCCCUUCGGUUUGUUUCCUUUCUCGACCUAGUCUAUGAGCUGUGGGGGGACAUUGCACUGACGACCAAGAUCUGGACGACGCAGGCCUGCUUCGACGACUCCGAGCUCAGGGCAUUCCGGUCGGGGAACAUGCAGGUUCUCCCCGGAAGGGACCGGGCCGGCCGCCGCAUCAUGGGGAACUUUGCCGACAACUCCUCCGCGGGGCUGACGGUGCUCAACCGGGUGAGUAGAGACAGACCGGAACGGAGCAGAAUCGAACCGAAUCGAAUCGAAUCGAGUUGAACCGAGUGUGAGCGGAAUGCAACGAAGCGCGGCAGAGUUUCGAAUUCAAUACCAAUGCAUGUCAUUUGCGUUUCAAAUCCCUCGUUUUCUGACUGACAGUUGCGUCUUGUCGACCGUGUUUUUUUUUUCCUCUUUUUUCCCCUUUUCGUACAACCAUGCGUUUUGCCCCCGCGCCCGUUUUUUGCUUGGUUCUGUUGUUGCUGGCGAUCCCACCAAACAGCUUCGGAUGUCUGUAUACGUCAUGAUGCACGUCGCCAAUGACGUCGAAACACAAAAGAAAGGGGCCGUUGGGAUUGCAAUGUUUCACAAUGUCAGCAUCGAUGACAUUCAAAAACGAGGCAAAUGCCACAAAAAACUCUCACAGGCGAUCCCGCUGAGGUUCAGCGCCAUCCACAUGUGUUUGCCCAACGAAAUCCACUCGUCGUCGCCAUCGUCCGCUUCCUCAGCAACCUUCAAUGCCAACAUCCUCCGUCUUAUCAAAGCCAUGUUUGUGAUGUCGAUCGGAGUCAAUCCUCGGCGCUACCUCCGGGUCCACCUGGGGUCCACAGUCGAAUGCCUCUACGCGCUCCAAUCCUUUGGAAUACUCCCGGAGCAAAUCCCCGUGAAUACCACCACGGGAGCCAUUAAGAACAAGCAGCAUCUAAAGUGGCUCGAGCUGCUGCUUCAGCGGGAAGUGGCGCUCAGAGAAAAGAAGGAGUUCCACAAGAUCGAGUGCCCCAGCAUCCACGAUGUUUUGUUUGGACGGGGUUGGCCGAUCAUGAAACACCCGGGGAACGUUUUCUUGCGGAGCACUAUCAAUGCCAAGCUCGAGGAACACACGAACGAAAAAUUCAAGCGGAACAAGACCAAAAUCGCUCAUUCGGUGGUGUCCAUGGUGAAGGAUUUGAACGGGGGACGCUUUCUCAAGGAGGAUUCCGGCUGGUGGGUGGAGGUCACGGACGAACAGGCCCAUCAGAAAGUGAGCAUCGCCUUUCGGGACGCGCGCAAAACGAGAUCGAUGAGCAACAGCAGCGGCAGCACAAACAACAACAAUUUGAGCAGCAGUCCCUUUGCUGCCGCGAGAGUCGGAUCCGCAAACUUCACCGCCGCGGGGGAUCCAUCCACCUCUUCCACGACCUCGAAACGAAAGGAUGGGGCUGAUGCUAGCAGUGACGAUGGUAGCACACCACCGAGACAACGCCCCCAUACAGAAAACGAAGAUGGCGGUCACUGCCACAAAAGGGACGAUGACACAAGAACAAACAGCAAGAAUGGGAACGGUAAUCAGCAACAGAACAACAACAGCAGCACGUCGGCCUUUCUCGGGAUGGACGGAACGACCGGCACCAAGAGACAGCGUUGUUUUGGUACGGAAGGCUUUUCCAUUACAAACGGCAGCGACAACGAAUUGCGGAGUUACUAUUUGUAACGACCUUCGUUGUUCCACUCUUAGUAUCCUUUCGAAUCGAGAUCGACAAUGAUUCCUUCCGAGCCGAGCCGAGCCGAGCCAAGCUGAGCCGAUCGUUUACAGUUUCUAUUAAAACCCCACGAAAAACAAAGCAUUCGAACCGAUGGUCACCAAAAAUGGAUCUGAUUCUUUGUAAGUUGUUUAUUAAUAGUUGGAGCCACUGGCGCAUUCUUGGUAACGAACGCUCUGCUAUACGAAAAUUUGCAUGCGAUUGAUAGAUAAUAGACUACGAUACGUGUG